CUGAUGAUACGACAGAGGCAAUAUCACCAUCUGAUACUGCUGUACCAACUGAUUCUGAUAUUACUAAGGCUGAUGUUACAACAGAAGGGAUAUCUUCAACUGAAACUGUUGCGCCAACUGAUUCUGAUAUUACUAAGGCUGAUGCUACAACAGAGGCGGUAUCUUCAACUGAUAUUGUUGCGCCAACUGAUUCUGAUAUUACUAAGUUUGAUGCUACAUCAGAGGCGGUAACUUCAACUGAUACUGUUGCACCAACUGAUUCUGAUAUUACUAAGGCUAGUGUUACGACAGAGGCAGUAUCUUCAACUGAUACUGUUGCGCCAACUUAUUCGGAUAUUACUGAGGCUCAUGAUACAACAGAGGCAGUGACAUCAACUGAUACUGUUGCACCGACUGAUUCUGAUAUAAGUAAGGCUGAUGCUACAACAGAGGCGGUGACAUCAACUUAUACUGUUGCACCAACUGAUUCUGAUAUUACUAAGCCUGAUGUUACGACAGAGACAGUAUCACCAUCUGAUACUGUUGCGCCAACUGAUUCUGAUAUUACUAAGGCUGAUGUUACAACAGGGGCAGUGUCACCAUCUGGUACUGUUGCACAAACUGAUUCUGAUAUUACUAAGGCUGAUGUUACAACAGAGGCAAUAUCAUCAUCUCAUACUGCUGUACCAACUGAUUCUGAUAUUACCAAGGUUGAUGUUACAACAGAGGCAAUAUCACCAUCUGAUACUGCUGUACCAACUGAUUUUGAUAUAUCUAAGGCUGGUUUUACAACAGAGGCAAUAUCACCAUCUGAUACUGUUGUACCGACUGAUUCUAAUAUCACUAAGGCUGAUGUUACGACAGAGGCAGUAUCACCAUCUGAUACUGAAGCACCAACUGAGCCUCAUAUUACUAAAGAUGAUGUUACAACAGAAGGGGUAUCCCUGACUGAUCCUGUAACACUGACUGAGACUGACAUAACUGAAUCAACAACUAAAUCUACAACUGAAUCUCGUUUAACAUCAGAGUUCGUUGGUCCAACUGAUACUGUUGUAUCAACUGAUUCUGAUAUUACUAAGGCUGAUGUUACGACAGGGGCAAUGUCACCAUCUGAUACUGUUGUACCAACUGAUUCUGAUAUUACUAAGGCUGAUGUUACGACAGAGGCAAUAUCACCAGCUGAUACUGUUGCACCAACUGAUUCUGAUAUUACUAAGGCAGAUGUUACGACAGAGGCAAUAUCACCAUCUGAUACUGUUGCACCAACUUAUUCUGAUAUUACUAAGGCUGAUGUCACGACAGAGGCAAUAUCACCAUCUGAUACUGCUGUAUCAACUCAUUCUGAUAUUUCUAAGGCUGGUGUUACAACAGAGGCAAUAUCACCAUCUGAUACUGUUGUACCAACUGAUUUUGAUAUUACUAAGGCUGAUGUUACAACAGAGGCAAUAUCACCAUCUGAUACUGCUUUACCAACUGAUUCUGAUAUUACUAAGGCUGAUGUUACAACAGAGGCAAUAUCACCAUCUGAUACUGCUGUACCAACUGAUUCUGAUAUUACCAGUUCUGAUGUUACGACAGAGGCAAUAUCACCAUCUGAUACUGCUGUACCAACUGAUUCUGAUAUUACUAAGGCUGAUGUUACGUCAGAGGCAUCUCCAUUUGAUACUGAAACACCAACUGAGUCUGAUAUUACUAAAGAUGAUGUUACAACAGAGCAGGUAUCCCCGACUGAUCGUGUAACACAGACUGAGACUGACAUAACUGAAUCCACCACUAAAUCUACAACUGAAUCUCGUUUUACUACAGAGUUGGUUGGUCCAACUGAUACUCUUGUAUCAACUGAUUCUGAUAUUACUAAGGCUGAUGGUACGACAGAGGCAAUAUCAUCAUCUGAUACUGUUGCGCCAACUGAUUCUGAUAUUACUAAGGCUGAUGGUACGACAGAGGCAUCUGUAUUUGAUACUGGAGCACCGACUGAGUCUGAUAUUACUAAAGAUGAUGUUACAACAGAAGGGGUUACUUUAACUGAAACUAUUGCGCCAACUGAUUCUGAUAUAACUAAGGCUGAUGUUACAACAGACGAGGUAACUUCGGCUGAAACUGUUGUGCCAACUGAUUCUGAUAUUACUAAGGCUGAUGUUACGACAGAGGCAGUAUCACCAUCUGAUACUGUUGCGCCAACUGAUUCUGAUAUUACUAAGGCUGAUGUUACGACAGAGGCAAUAUCACCAUCUGAUACUGUUACACCAACUGAUUCUGAUAUUACUAAGGCAGAUGUUACGACAGAGGCAAUAUCACCAUCUGAUACUGUUGUACCAACUGAUUCUGAUAUUACUAAGGCUGAUGUUACAACAGAGGCAAUAUCACCAUCUGAUACUGUUGUACCAAUUGAUUCUAAUAUUACUAAGGCUGCUGUUACUACAGAAGCAGUAACUUCAACUGAUACUGUUACACCAACUGAUUCUGAUAUUACUAAGGCUGAUCUUACAACAAAAG